AUGCCUUUUCCUAAAGCUAAAAACCCCGUUCGCAGCGGUGGAAGCUCGGUGCUCAGAAGCUCCACCGGCCGCUACGAGUUCAUGUCGCUGACCAAGCCGUGGAACCGGUCCUCGCUGUCGCAUCUCCUCCAGCGGCAGGGCUCCGAGCCGGCCACGGAGAGCCCCACUCGGGGGGCAAACCCCCGGACCCCCCUAGGGAGACCUAGCCUCGGCCUCAAAGACAUGAAGAAGGCAUACAAAGAUGUGAUAAUUGAUCAGAUUGAGGAUCUCCAGGAUGAGCUCGGGGACAUGAUGGAGGAUGCCACUGACAUCCAGGAGGCGCUGGGAAGAAGCUAUGGCACGCCUGAAAUUGAUGACGACGACUUGGAAGCAGAGCUGGAUGCUUUGGGAGACGAGCUCCUGAUGGAUGACGACAGCUCCUACCUGGACGAUGCUUCAACAGCUCCUUCCUUCCCAGAGGGCACGCCAGGCGACAAGUCGGUCAACAGGGACGGUGUCCUGGUGGACGAGUUUGGCCUUCCUCAGAUUCCUGCUACAUAAAGGAGCAAUCGGAACACUCAUGCUAGUUUUACAUGUAUCUUCGCCUUUUUUUUGUAUUUAUCUAACCAACAAUCCCAGCCUUA